AUGGAGGGGUACGAAACGUUAGGUGUUCUUGGGGAGGGGACGUACGGCGUUGUUGUCAAGGCACGCCAUCGCGCCACCGGUCGAAUUGUCGCUAUCAAAAAGUACAAGCAGGCAGAGGACGACGAUCACGUGCGCAAGACUUCCCUGCGAGAGGUGCGGGUGUUGAAGCAGCUCCGUCAUCCGAAUAUCAUCUCACUGCUGGACGUGUUUCGCCGAGACGGGAGGUUGUAUCUUGUGUUUGAGUACGUGGAGAACACCAUUCUGCAGCUUAUUGAGGAUAGACGCCACGGUCUGUCCCCGGAUGAGGUGCGACGUUACACCUACCAGCUGCUGAAUGGGGUGGAUUAUUGUCAUGCGCACAACAUUAUUCACCGCGAUGUAAAACCAGAGAACAUUUUAGUUUCAAAAGGAGGAAUUUUGAAGUUGUGCGAUUUUGGGUUUGCGCGGCAGUUAAGUUCCAAAGGGAAGUACACGGACUACGUUGCCACGCGCUGGUACCGCGCACCCGAGUUGCUAGUUGGGGACGUUUCCUACGGCAAGGCGGUAGACAUCUGGGCGAUUGGUUGCAUUUUCUCUGAGCUUUCCGACGGGCAGCCGCUCUUUCCCGGGGACUCUGAUUUAGAUCAGUUGUCUCUCAUUAUGCGCAGCUGUGGGCCCGUGCCAGAUCGAAUGGUAGACAUCUUUGGGCGUAACGCCAUGUACCGUCGUGUGGCCUUUCCGGAAACCCCCCUCGAGGAGUCUUUGCAACGACGCUUUUACAAAAGCAAGGCAUCGUGGUUAGAGUUUUUGACGGCGUGCUUGCACACGGAUCCGGCUGAGCGGCCCUCAUGCGCGGCACUGAUGAAUAUGCCGUACUUUACGGAGGACAAUUUUCGGGUAGAGUACGACGCGGAGCUGCGGGCGCUUUUGACGCCGUACCAAACCCCAGUAGAUGCAGCAGCGAUCACCUGUUCCACCGUUGUGCAACCCAGGGCGUCAUUGCUUCCUAGCGAGGUGGAGGAAAGCGGGGACGUCGUCCUGCCGCUAAUAGCUAUGCAGCCUAAAGGACAUGAGGCGGAGGGUGGGUGGCCGGUAGUGAACAAAGCGACAUCGGUGGGUGUUAGUGUGGGAGCCGGGGGCCACGACAAUAUCCCCUACCAUCAGCUGGGGACGUUGUGGAGCCACUACCUGGGAACGACGGUAAGUGGCGGGGGGCCCAGCACCGGGGAGUUGCCAACGAUUGGCACGCGUCAAAUACAAACACACCAUACUAUGGCCACACCCAUCUUUAACAGCGGCAAAGAUGCGGCCAAGUUAGAACAUAAAGGCACUCAAUACAGCACGCUUGCUAGUCCGCUGCAGACGUUAAAGGUGGCAGGUGGCACGACGCACGGCACAGUUCACUCCCACUCUCCCAUUAGCCAGCAGGGCUCGAAGGCGAACGGUGUAACGCAGGGAACCUUAACACUUUCCCUCAAAAACAGGAAAAAUCAAAAUUUUACCGUCACCAAGAGCGAUUCAUCGGGUGGAUGGAAAUUAAGUUCCCUGAAAAAGUCUAUUAAGUUCGCGUACCCCAUGUUUCCUGCACUACCAAGCGGUAGUAGCUCUCCUGCGCCGACGGCGUUCACCUCCACCAGUAGUGUGGCUCUCAAUGCGCUUUCGGUCAUACGGGACGCCAACACGAACACAGUGCCAAAUACGACACACAACACCCACAGCAACACGGUGACCACGACGACGACGACGACGGUUAACACUGGCACUGGGGAAGGACCCGUCGGCGGCACCAACAAUCCCACGCGGCACAGGAAGAGGCAGACAAAGCGGACGCAGGCGCUAGGAAGCAUGCUAGGGUCACCCCCACGAGUUUCGGGCAACACCAACUCGUACCAAAGUGUGAUGGGGCAGAAAUGUUCUCUUCACGAUGUUCCAUCAAAACGAUAA